CCCUCCGCCUUUAGUUCCUGGCGUCUGAGAGGAGAAAGAUGUAUCGUUUCCGUUCACGGGCAUCCACGGGGAUUUCUGCCGCUGCUACAGCUCUGCCUAUUACUUGCCUUUCUCAAUCACAUCCGUUGCCUCGGUCCGGGAAGCCGGCCUCACAAAGACGUUUUUAUAGUAAAAAGCGUUCCUGCUCUUCCAUCGGCUGAUUGUCCCUGCGACCUGGGCGAGGGGAAAAACAAAAGAAAAGGCCAGGCCGGCAACCGAGACCCCCCCACUGCGGGAGCGCCGGAAGGAAGCCGCGUGGAAGUUAUUACCGCUACAGCCCGCCGCCGCCGCCAUGCCGAAGUCUAGGCGCCGAGGAGCGGGGAACUCCCGCGGAACGCCAGGUGCCCAGCGCAGAAACAUGCAACCUUUUAGUGAUGAAGAUGCAUCUAUUGAAACUAUGAGCCAUUGUAGUGGCUUCAGUGAUCCUGCUAGCUUCACUGAGGAGGUGCCUGAAGUGGAUGAGGAAGCAACCCAUGAAGACUUUGAGUAUAAACUGAAGGGAUUCAUUGACCUUACAUUGGACAAGAGUGCAAAGACAAGGCAGUCAGCCCUUGAAAGUCUCAAAAAUGCCCUAGCAUCAAAAAUACUGUAUGAUUUCAUCCUGGAGCGGAGAAUGACAUUAACUGAUAGCAUUGAACGCUGUAUCAAGAAAGGAAAGAGUGAAGAACAGCGCGCAGCAGCAGGGCUGGCAUGUCUGCUUUGUGUGCAGCUGGGGUCAGGAAUUGAAAGUGAGGAAGUCUUUAAAACCCUUGCACCAGUUCUAAAGAAGAUACUUUUGGAUGGGUCAGCAAGUAUUCAGGCUAGGCAAGCUUGUGCCACCUGCUUGGGAGUCUGUUGCUUUAUUGCCACGGAUGAUAUUACAGAGUUAUAUUCAACUAUGGAGUUCCUGGAAACUAUCUUCACAAAAUCCUAUCAGAAGGAGAGGAAUUCAAAUGGGGUUCCUAGCACCCAGAAUACAGUUCUUCACAUCAGCGCUCUUUUGGCAUGGACUCUGCUGUUGACCAUCUGCCCAAUGAAUGAAGUGAAGAAAAAACUUGAAAUGCAUUUGCAUAAAUUUCCCAUCUUGCUGUCCUGUGAUGAUGUGAACAUGAGGAUUGCUGCUGGGGAAGCUCUGGCUCUGCUGUUUGAAUUAGCACGAGAAGCAGAUGAGAAUUUCUUCUACGAAGAUAUGGAGCUUCUGACACAGAAAUUGAAGGCUCUGGCUACAGAUGGGAAUAAACACCGUGCAAAGGUAGACAAAAGGAAACAGCGAUCUGUCUUCAGAGAUGUUUUACGAGCUGUGGAGGAACAUGAUUUCCCUACAGAAACAGUCAAAUUUGGGCCAGAGCGUAUGUACAUUGACUGCUGGGUCAAAAAGCAAACCUAUGAUACUUUCAAGGAAAUUUUAGGAUCUGGGAUGCAAUUUCAUUUACAGUCCAAUGAGCUUCUGCGAAAUGUCUUCGAACUUGGACCACCACUGGUGCUUGAUGAAGCAACUAUUAAAACCAUGAAGAUACCUCGUUUUGAAAGGCACCUGUACAACUCGGCUGCAUUCAAAGCUCGGACAAAGGCUCGAAGCAAAUUUCGUGAUAAAAGGGCAGAUGUAGGUGAAGUGUUCUAAAGCAGCUGUUAAACACCUUUAGCUUUUGUUAAAUCUAAUUUUUAUGAAGUGUAAUCCCAUUAUUUAAAGUGAAAAGGCUUUUUAAUUGUCUGUAUCUCUUAUGAAUUUGUAUAGUAAUUGAUGUAAUGUUAAUUGCGUAGAUGGCUAUGUAGAGUAUAUAGGUUACAAUGUGGGAGAAUUAGGAGGGCAGAUUCUAACACUAGUAGGCAAGACUGGCUCUUGAAUAAUUCCUACAUCAUUAUUAGUCACAUGGUGCUGAGGCCUGUUUUGAUACAAACCAUUGUUUUUAGCAAUGUGAUGGAAUGGGUGGGAAAUGCUAAGAACAAUACACUGGGAUAAACAUGCCUCUUAACAGGCUGCUAUUAAGAAAUAUUUUAAAAUAAAACAUCUAGGCUUUGGCAAUGACGGUGUGCCAUGAAGGGGACCCUCAACUUUAGCUAACAUUGACAGUGACGUAGAACUUGGAUGUUCAAAGAAAUGUUACACUCAAUAUGCUGAAAUUUGGAUAAUAAAAUACUUCUCUGUAAAAGCUA